AAUUCGAAAGGGACUUUUCCCCAUGCAGUUGGGAAAAAUGCAUUGGACAGACAUGCCAGUUGGGAAAAAGGCAUUCCUUCCAUAUGGGUUUUUCGAUUCCCAUCCGGGAAGUACUUCGCACAAAAAAUGUUGGUUUACAACAAGUUCACUCUAUUCCUUUCCCUCCCAGAAUCCAGUUUUCCAGUUAAACGUUCAUCUGAUUCCAUCCCCUUCCUCUCAUAAAAGGACAUUUUCGAGCCGGUAGAAAUAUGCUCGAAAACACGAAGAUUGAGGGUAAGGGGGCGUAAGCAAAACAUGGGUUUCCAUUUCCAGUGCUUGUGGGUUUUGUUGCUCUGCUUAACCGGCGAAGGGUUGGUGAGAGCGUUGCAGGGUGCUGGUGGCUUGGCAUGCAACUGGGGAACCCGUUCGACACAUCAGUUGCCGCCUAGCAUUGUCGUCAAGCUUUUGAAGGACAAUGGCUUCAGCAAGGUGAAGCUGUUCGAAGCUGAUGUCGGGGCAUUGCAAGCUCUAGGAAGGUCUGGCAUCCAGGUGAUGGUGGGGAUACCUAAUGAGUUCUUGGCACCACUCGCUAGUAGUGUUACUGUUGCUGAGAAAUGGGUGUCUCAAAAUGUAUCUUCCUACAUAUCCAAAAACGGCGUCGAUAUAAGGUAUGUGGCUGUAGGCAAUGAACCUUUCCUCCAAAACUACAAAGACACUUUCUUGCAUACCACGUUUCCAGCACUCCAAAACAUUCAAGCAGCCCUCAUAAAAGCAGGGCUAGGGAGACAAGUGAAGGUGACGAUUCCCCUAAACGCCGACGUUUACCAGACUGACAGCGGCCUUCCCUCCGGAGGCAACUUCCGGUCUGACAUCCACGCCCUCAUGAUGUCCAUCAUGAAGUUUCUAAGGGACAACAAUGGUGUGCUCACCAUCAACAUCUACCCUUUCCUCAGCCUCCAAGCCGACCCCGACUUCCCGAAAGAAUUCGCCUUCUUCAACAACACCGCGAAGCCUGUUGUCGAUGGCUCGAUCUCCUACACCAACGUGCUUGAUGCCAACUUUGACACCUGCAUUGCCGCCCUUGAAAAGAACGGCUUCUCCUCAUUGCCUGUCAUUGUCGGAGAAAUCGGAUGGCCAACGGAUGGUGACCCUAACGCCAACAUACAAGACGCCCGGCGGUUCAAUCAAGGCCUUGUAAACCGAAUUCUUGCGGGACAAGGCACCCCAAAGAGGUCAACCGCGCCGGAAAUUUACAUAUUUGCACUCAUAGAUGAAGAUGCCAAGAGCGUUCUGCCCGGGAAUUUCGAGAGGCAUUGGGGGAUGUUCAAUUAUGACGGAUCAAUCAAAUACCCAUUGGACAUUGGUAGCGGAAAAUCUUUGGUUCCGGCGAAAGGGGUGCGAUAUUUGGCCAGACAAUGGUGUGUAAUGUCGCCCGACGCGAGCACUUCCGAUCCAAAUUUAGCUCAAAGUGUCAACUACGCUUGCACUUACGCAGAUUGCACAAGUCUUGGAUAUGGAUCUUCAUGUGGAAUGCUUGAUGCUAAAAGCAAUGCCUCUUAUGCUUUCAAUAUGUACUUUCAAACCAUGGACCAGCGCAAAGGUGCUUGCAACUUCUCUGGUCUUUCGGUCACUACAAAUGUGGAUCCAACUCCGACUCAGAAUGGUCAGAGGAGUUCGUGCCGGUUCGAGAUCAUGAUUGAUCUCAGGAAGCACGAACCGGCUCGACGGUCUCCUGCUUUGCCGGCUGCCGGGUUGAGAGAGCAGAGCUCCUACAAAGUUAUGAUGGGGUUACUUGUACUUGUUCUAGUGUCCACAUUGAUCGUCUAAUUUUUCCCCACCACUUGUAUAUUUUAAGGGUUGCUUUGCAUUACAUCAAUGUUGAUUUUUUUCCUUGAUUUGUGUUCUUGCCAUUAUAAAUCCCCUUUCUAUUGAAUUGACGUUGUU